ACUGGAAUCCCGACAGAGUUUCUAUGUGUACAGCCUCGCAGCUCUGCAAGUUUUCUUCCCCUGUUUGCAGAACAAGACUGUUCUGUUGCAGCCUCCAGAAAACAAAGCAGAACAAGGAACGAGGCCAAAUUCAAGCGUCGAAAAGAAUGAAGUGUUCAAGAAGUGAGAAUAGUUUGAAUGCACAAAAGUUGUUUGAGACGCAACUGACACAGUCUUACAAACUGGUUCAAGUCUUGAAAAAGCCAUUGGCCACCUUCGCUGCAAGGUCGAGUGGAAGAAUUGGAGGGAGUCAGUUUUCUGAUCCAAGAAUGACCCCACCUCCUCGUUCUUAUGAAUACGGAGGUGGAGGUAGCGGAACGGGUUCUUUCUAUUCUCCUUUUCCUGCAACCCCUAUUAAUAUUUUUGGAGGGUUUUAUUCUUCACCUUUUAUUGCACAUUUUGGCUUUGGUAACUUCAUGAUGUUUCUCACCACGGCAGGAACUAUUUUUCCUAGAGAAACAGGAAAUAGAAACUUUGGAAUCUCAAAGUUAGGUUGUUACAAAUGUCAUCGCAGAUUUUCAGUUGUAUAUGAAGCUGGCGCAAGGUCGGUCUCUUGUAAACACAACCAAAAGGGUCAGCAACUGUCUCAUACCCAGCGUUCAAAACGAAUCGGUGAUUGGAUCAUUGUUCAGGAGAACGAAGACAUUCGCUCCUUUGCUGAAAGGUUUCAAGUAUCCCCAGAAGCUCUCAGAGUAGCCAAUGGUUUGGAAACUUGUCAGGAGGAAUUGAAGCAAGGAGAAAUCAUCUUUGUACCUUACGUUAACGUACAGAGAAAAAUGGAAUUGUCCAGGCAACUUCAAUUGAGUUUAACUAAAACUCAAAGUGUAGACCUAGACAGAAAAUACUCCGUUGUUUCGCAAGCAAGUAACGCGAGCAUACCCAAAGGACGACUCAGCCUGUUUCCAUUUAUUUCAAUAGUAGUUAUUAUGGCUUCACUUCUCUAUUUUUUGUCAGAAUAUGGUACAGGAAGUCUUGCUAUGAUCUCCGGGUUGUUGAGAAAACGGGCAUUGGGAGCUUUAUCUUAUCCACAACAAUUCUUACAAUUAAAAAAGUUGAAAGUCGAGGAAAAUGAAGGAAUGGAAUGGAUUCUGUGUACAUUACGACAAAGAAGGNAGGAACUGGUUCCGGGAAUGACAAGAUAUACUUUUGAUUUGCCUUCAGCAAGAAGAACUCUUGGUUUGGAACUCGGACAAAGGGUAGAGUUUGAAGCAACUCUUUACGAGAAGGAACACGCUGUAAUGGGCUCUUACCUACUUUGUACAGAACGAAUGCAACACGGUAACUUUGAUGUUGUCAUUCCUACAACAGCAGAUGCAGCAAUAUCUGGCUUUGAUUUGUCUGGAAACAAAGACCCUCAAUUUGCUGAGGCGUUGAAUGCUCUACAAAUUGGAGACAGUAUUAGAAUGAGACCUGGAGCAAAAAUGUUGUAUUACAGAGGACCAAAGUCUCCUGUGGACACUCUUUCUGUUGUUUGUGGUGGAGUGGGUGUUGCUCCAAUAUGCUCUUUGCUGUUAGACAUUCUUUCUGACGUGGAAAGCGCUGUAACAAAUGUCUUUCUUCUCGUGGUAAAUGAACGCCCAGAUGAAUUUAUCUUUUUAGAUGAGUUGGAGUCUCUGGAAAAGCGUUUUCCACGUAUUCUACGUCUAGCUUGCGUUUGGAAAAAAGUGGAAGAAGAAAAUUCUUGGGAUGACCGAGAGAAAUAUCACUUCAUAGAAAGAGCUGUUGCAAGUCACUGUCCAGUUUGGAAGGAGGGUACGAUGUCAUUGUUGUGCGGUUCUGAAAAAUGGUUACUUCCACACGCGCUAAAGUCUUUUCGUCGCCUGGGAUACUCAGAGGAAGUUACUGUCUGCCUAUAAUAGACCGCAAUAAAGCAGCAUCCAUUUUAGAGAUCAUUGAAUUUAAAAUUGCAAUGAAAAAUGCCCACUUUCG